AUCAGCAGCUCCAGGUGGAAUAGAAUGCUGAUAGCUUAAGCUGUCAAGCUGUCAGCUGGUAUUGAAAGGAAUAUCUUAACAUAGUAACUCGCUUAGAAAUAGGUUGAUAUAUUUCCAUUCUUAGGCACUUGUUAUGCUGAAUUCAAAGAGAAUGUGUUAUGCCUUGUCCCAGUUUUGAGGAAAAAAUCUGCUGAAGUAUAUUCCUUAUACCUACUACGAUAUACCCUACAUGUGUCUACCCUUGGAGAUACCCUAUAGAUAGCCUACAUGCAUCCAUCAGAUAAUGGAUCCUCUUUUCUGCAUCAUAUGGUGUGGCAACGUGCUGUCAAGACUGAUGUGCAUUGGAUCUGUCGUAUCCCUCACCAUCCCUGAGGGGAUGGGUUAGUAGAAAGAAGUAAUGCUUUUGAAACACCAAGUGAAAGCUCUCCUUCACUCAGACAUGCUGAGAAACUGAUUUACAUUGUGAAGCCACACGGCUGUGAUCCUGAAUAAAAAAGUCCAUGUUCAAAUUCAUACUGCUCAUCAGUUGCUGCGAGGAUGAAUCAUGAAGAGCAGUACAGUAUGUACCAGGAUGAUGCUGAUGCUGCUGAUGAGUAGGGAUCUACGUAGAAUCAUAAAAUAUCCUGAUUUGGAAGGGAUCCAUGAGGAUCACUGGGCCCAACUCCUGGCUCCAUGCAGAACACCCAAAUAUCAGACCACAUGACUGAGAGCGUUGUCCAGACACUUCAACUCCUGCAAGCUCAGUGUCAAGCCCCUUUCCCCUGGGGAGCCUGUUCCAGUGCCUGACCACCCUUUUGUGAAGAACCUGUUCCCAAUAGCCAGCAUGAGCCUCCACUUAGUACUUCUUGGGGAAAUGACAUCAACUAAGAUCUUAGCUUGGGAUCCAAGAGCCACUGGAAGGACAGGCUGAGUGAGCCUUCAAAAUAUGUGUUUCAACGUGUACAGUAUGAACUAUAACUGUUUUACAGAUCUGAAAGACAAUGCCCUCUGUCCUCCUGUUGCUGACAACACUUGUUGAGACUAAACCUUACCUGUAAUGGCUGGCUGAGAGAAUAAAAGGCUGUACUACAGGCAAGGGAGACACAGUCCAGACACUUUGAGCUGAGCUUUAUCUUCAAGUCCGUGUUCAGCAGCUCAGCAACAGAGAGCAGUCACUGAGAAAUAUUACAGAGGACUUCUACAGCACCUGACCAAUACAGCUACAACCUCCAUCUGCUUAAAAGAUAAAGAGAGGAGAAAACACAGAGAAAUGAAUUGCCUGUGGUUCCUGUCUCUUCUUGCUUACGGGCUUACAAUACUAGAGGUGGUGAAUUGUUGGACAUACCAUUAUUCAGACACAAACAUGACCUACAAAGAGGCAGAGUUAUGGUGCAAAAAGAGGUAUACUAACAUGGUUGCCAUUCAAAAUAAGGAUGAAAUCAACCAUCUUAAUGACUUCUUACCCUUCAAUCCGAGUUACUACUGGAUUGGUAUCAGAAAAAUUAAUGGUACAUGGAUCUGGGUCGGAACAAACAAAGAACUGACAGAUGAAGCAGAAAAUUGGGCUUCAGGUGAACCAAAUGGCAAAGGGAACAACGAGGACUGUGUUGAAAUCUACAUCAAAAGAGGGAAGGAUGACGGCAAAUGGAAUGAUGAGAAGUGUGAGAAAAAAAAGGUUGCCUUGUGCUAUACAGCUUCUUGCAAUCCAUCUUUCUGCAGUGGCCGUGGAGAAUGCAUAGAGACUAUUAACAAUCACACCUGCCAGUGUAACCCUGGAUUCUAUGGGCCAGAUUGUGAAUUUGUUAAGACUUGUGAUCCACUAAAGAAACCUGAUCACGGAAGCCUUGAGUGCAACCACCCGUUGGAGGACUUCAGCUACAACUCGUCAUGCACAGCUCAAUGUGAAGAAGGCUAUGAGCUGAAUGGACUGGAGUCAGUAUAUUGUACGUCUUCUGGAAACUGGUCCGACACACUUGCAUCAUGCAAAGCUGUGACCUGCCCUGCUUUACAAAUGCCCACUCAUGGCUCUCUGAACUGCUCCCAUCCCUCUGGAGAGCUUACCUGGGUACCACCUGUGAGUUCACCUGUGAGGAAGGAUUUGCUCUGACAGGAC